CUUCGUUGUCACUUGAACAGGGAAGUAACGCUAGUAGGCAGGGCUCACACACACAGCCUCCACUGUUGUCUGCUGUGAGUGUGUGUGUAAAGGCUGUACCCUGUCGUCGGGUUUGGUCCAGGGUUUAACCGCCGGGUUUAUCUCCUCUCGUUAACGGACUUUAGAAGAUGACGUCAAACAUCCCCCUCUCUCGCUCGGAGGUUUUUGGGGAGCUGAGGAAGGAGCUGCAUGAAGACAAAGAGUUCCGUCAGUCCGACGCUCACGUCUUCAUCAUCAUGGGAGCCUCGGGGGAUCUGGCUAAGAAGAAAAUCUACCCAACUCUAUGGUGGUUGUACAGAGACGGCCUCCUCCCUGAGCAGACAUAUUUUGUUGGGUUUGCUCGCUCUGACUUGACAGUUGAUGCCAUCCGGAAGAACUGCAUGCCUUACCUGAAGGUGACGGAUAAAGACGCAGAGCGGUUGUCAGCCUUCUUCAGCAGGAACACAUACAUCAGUGGUAAAUAUGCAGAUGACAGUUCCUUCUCCAAACUCGACACACACAUCCUGUCUCUGCCCGGAGGACCCGAGGCAAACCGUCUCUUCUACCUGGCGCUGCCGCCCACCGUCUACCACGAUGUUACCAAGAACAUCAGGCACUGCUGUAUGAGCACAAAAGGCUGGAACAGGGUAAUUGUAGAGAAGCCGUUUGGACACGACCUUCAGAGCUCCGAAGAGCUGUCCACUCACCUCUCCUCCCUCUUCACUGAAGAACAAAUCUACCGUAUAGAUCACUACCUGGGCAAAGAAAUGGUGCAGAACCUCAUGGUGCUCAGGUUUGGGAACCGAAUCUUCGGGCCGAUCUGGAACAGGGACAGUGUGGCCUGUGUGGUUCUCACCUUUAAAGAGCCAUUUGGCACUCAGGGACGAGGAGGAUACUUUGAUGAUUUUGGCAUCAUUCGCGAUGUCAUGCAGAACCACUUGCUCCAGAUGCUCUGCCUGGUUGCCAUGGAGAAACCAGCUUCCACCAGCUCGGAUGAUGUUAGGGAUGAAAAGGUGAAGGUGCUGAAGUGCAUCACUCCAGUGUCCAUGUCAGACGUGGUGCUGGGUCAGUAUGUGGGGGAUCCAGAGGGUGAGGGAGAUGCUAAACUGGGUUAUCUUGAUGAUACCACAGUUCCUAAAGGAUCAACUCAGGCCACCUUCGCCGCUGUUGUGCUCUACGUCCACAACGAACGCUGGGAUGGUGUUCCUUUCAUCCUUCGCUGUGGAAAAGCUCUGAAUGAGAGGAAAGCUGAGGUGCGGCUGCAGUUCACAGAUGUCCCAGGGGACAUUUUUGACAAUCAGUGUCGCAGGAAUGAGCUAGUGGUGCGUGUGCAGCCCAACGAGGCCGUCUACGCCAAAAUGAUGAGCAAGAAACCCGGCGUCUACUUCAGCCCUGAGGAAACCGAGCUGGACCUCACCUACAAGAGCAGAUACAAGGAUGUGAAGCUUCCAGACGCUUACGAGCGUCUCAUCCUGGACGUCUUCUGUGGGAGUCAGAUGCACUUUGUGCGCAGUGAUGAAUUAAGGGAAGCAUGGAGGAUCUUCACACCUCUUCUUCAUCACAUAGACAAAGAGAAGCCCAAACCUAUUCCUUACAAAUAUGGAAGCCGUGGCCCAGCAGAAGCAGAUGACCUCGCAAAGAGAGUUGGAUUCCGCUAUGAAGGCACUUACAAAUGGGUCAACCCUCACAAACUGUGAGUUGUGAUAAGAUGAGGGAGGAGUAGAGAUAGGGCAGUAGGAAGGGUGCAGCAGGGUGAGUGAGCCAUGUCGUGUUCCAACGCUGGAGUGUCUUUUGUGGAAGGAGGCGUUUCCACUAUGUGGAUCCAUCACAGUAGCAGAAACAGGCUAUUAUUUCUCAGGUAUGGCAGUAAUUUGUUUGAGCCAGUUCAUCAGACAUUCAAGACACAAGAGAAUAAUACCAGAUUUAGUGGUAGUUUUUUUUUUUUUUUUUAAUUCAUUCACAGAAAUCUUCCAUUUUGAGAGGUGGGACCAAGUCAGUUGGAGCGGGAACAAAAAAAUCUGAACCAAGACAUUAUUGUGAACAAAAUAACUGUCUGAUGAACUGGCUCCAUGUCCCUGUCUCUAUUAAUUAGGUCUUAAUUUGUCAGGAUGGUAAAUGGAAUAACUGAGUACCGAGAGCGGAGCAACAACGAAACACUCAGCUGAGUCAUGCUCACUCAGUGUAAGCACUGUACCAAAGAUGGUAACGGAACAACAGGAAUGAUUGUUCACCAGCUGUCGCUCUUAAUAAUUGUGAUUGUAAUACCAUUAUGCUUUGACUGCAGCUAUUAAUCACUCUUAGUGGAACUUACUCUUACAACCUGCGCACGCUCUUUUGGCGUCCUCUGUAAGAUACGUAGACCCUGUGGUUUACAAAGGGCAAUGCGGGCAGUUUCUUUUAGAAGCAUUCGUACUGGAAUAGUCUUAAGUGUUCUUACGGACAAAGAAAACAAGCUCUCUGUCUUGUUUUAGUAGCCUCCCUCUGAGCUUUAUUCCCUCUUUGUUUACAUUUUUUUUCCAGGUUUAUUUAAGUUACUCAUGUUCAUUCCAUAUUUCAAAGUAUACGGACAGCAGCGGUGUCUACCACAGGUCAACAGUGAAUGUCUUUGUAAUGACGUGCUGAAUACUGCUGUUACUGCACACUCACAUGUAAUGCUAGCUACAUUUCCACUACUUGUAAUAAACUAGUUUUGCUUCUCUGUAAA